AUGGGAGCAGAACAAUUGUCUUCCGUCAUGGAAGCCGUGGGCAAAAAGGUCGAUCCAAACCUCCGCGAUCGUAUUGAACGUGAGAGCGAAUCUACAUUUGCGACGGCCAGACUUUGGGACGAUGGGAUCAUUCCUCCCUCACACACGAGAAGAGUCCUGGCCAUGGGCUUGCAGGCUGCUCUCUCGGGCAGUGUCGAGGACAAGAAGACUGAGUGGGGUGUGUUUAGAAUGUAG